CUGGCAGACAAGCCACCCCCCACCCGCACGCGUCGUGAGAGAUGAAAGUAUGGCAGAAGGCAACGACAAUGCCAACGGUUCAAUGGCGCAGCAGCUCCUCUUCCAGCAGCACCGGCAACAGCUCUUCCUCAUGCAGCAGCAGCAACUCCAGCAACAAUUGCAACGUCAACAACAGCAGCAGCAGGCCGUCUCCCGCUUCCCCUCCAACAUCGACGCCCACCUCCGCGACCCCAGCUUCCGAUCCCUACACUUCCAGGCCCCUACGCCGCCGGCAGCGGCGCAGCCUUCCUCUUCACAACCAUUGCCAUCCUCCGUUCUCCACCAUCCACCGCAGCCCCAGUCGGCGAGGCCCGCAGCGGUGGGCGUCGAAGUCGGGGUCGGGAGGCCCGGGAACCCCGUGGAGGUCGAGAUGGCGCAGAAGGACGCCUUGAUGGUCUGCAACCCCGACUUCAAAUGCCCCUUCGCCUCCGUGGAGGAUGCCGUGCUCAGGCUGCUGCCUUACCAUGUGGUUUCCGAUUAUGAAGCUGAAGAAGAUGACAGAAUCCUCGAUGGUGAUACCCUUGGUCAUAUUAUUUCACGACUCCAGCAAUGGGACCAAAACAUUCUCACAAAGAUUGCAGAGUUCACGACUACAUUUGAGAAACAAGUCCUUGCUUUCAACAUAUUGUCACGGAAGAGAGCACAAGGAGAAUUCAGGUCAGAGGAGAGGCUUAUGAUAGAGCAGGCUUUAAUGCAAGAAGAAAAGCAAGCUUUGCUGGAAAUAAGAGCAGAAAUGGAAUCUAGAGAGAAGGCUGGUAGGGAACCCACAGAGGCCAAAAUGCGGAUGGCAAUGGCUCAGGCUGAACAUGCUCGAGCAGAGGCCCAGGUCCAUGCAGAAAUGUAUGCUCAUGCCCCGAUGAGGGUUAGUACUGCUACAUCCCUCGGUGACGAGGGUUCUGGCCAUGAUAUGGGGCAGGAACAGGGAGGUAACAUGGAUGAAAUUCAUGGGUGGGGAAGCGCUCAAAGAGAGGAUGAAGAGCCAUCGCAGGAUUUUUUGAAUGAUGAGAAUGGAACUGAGAAUGUAGUCACCAGAGCACAAGGUGAAUGGCGAGAAGCUGGUGAGCUGGACCUGAACUCCAGGUGAUAUAAGGUUAAAGUUGGCUGCUCUUCUGUGGAGGAGAUCCAAAACUCUUUCCAGCUUGCAUUUAGUAGCUUAUGCACAAAGUCGGUCGGUCACAAAUUGUCAAAUUUGACAUGAGCAGAUCUGUCAUGUUGACAGAGAUCUAUUGCUGCAUUUAUUUAGAAAAAAGAAAAAGUUUCUUUUCAAAAGGAGAAUACAACUCUAUUGCUAGAUCUAAUUUGGCGACUAUCAAAAUGCAGCUGUGGAUCAGAUAAGUUGGAAGCCUGUUCAUCAUGUUAAGCAGCUUUUUAUAUCCUGAAGAUUGAUUUUGGGCAGAAUGAUUAGAAGGCUUACAUGGCUAUACCUUUUAAGCAUCUUUGUUCCUUAAUAGAAUGCUAUGCUGCUGAAACUGAACACAUUACUUUCUGGAUGUCUUACUAGUAGGCAGGAAAUACUUUGGACAAUAUCGCUGAAGAAUUAAGUUGCUUUUGUUGACUGAUUGUUGAUUACAAACACCAUGGUUGAAACUAUAUUUCUGCUUGGCAUUGACUUGGAGAUUUCUUGGUACCAUGCAGUUCUGAGGCAGAGUAUCUCUACGUUAUGAAGCAUUGGAUCUCUCGGAGACUCAGGCGACAUCCUGAAGGCCCUGUCCCAUGCGUACCGGAACUUGACAGAGAGCGAGCUGGGGAUGCCCUUCCCGUCGUUGACGAGGUAGCCGGUGCCCUCGCGCCGGAACAACUUGGGGUCGACCGUGGCGGAGCUGGCGAAGCCUUCCGACCGCAGGAACACGUUGGUGAUGGUGCAGCGGCACAGGUUCUUCACCUCCACCUGGAACACCGGGUCGUAGCCGACCUUCCGCCCCGUGUUGGUCUGCUGCACCUGAACGCUCGACAGAUCGCACCGCUGGCUCGCCACUGUCAAAGAUCCCAACACACAGGACGAGAACAAGGAUCACCUAUGGGUCCUCAAAAAAGCAGCACCUCGAGAUGGGAAGAGGGAGGGCACGUACCUGUCGCGAGGAGAUUGAGGAGGAGUGCAGCGGAGAGGAGCUUCAGGACAGCCGCCAUCGGAAUUGCUUCGUUACAAUUGGGUGGGGAGCCUUGCACCGGUCAGUAUAUAGAAAGCGGUCGUUUUCCUUCGACUGUUGACAGAUCACUUAUGCUUUCCACCGAGCUCCUGUAAAAUUCGAUAUCUAAUUACUGGGUGGGCAAAUCCUUUUA